CACCUGCUGGGCGGUGCGCGGGGCGCAGCCCGGGCACGGAGCCGCCGCCGCCGGGUGCCCGCCGCGCCAUGGAGCCGCCGCUGCCGCUGCUCGGGGUGUCCCUCGUGCUGCUCUGCUCCGCAGGUCUGACAAGAAGCCUAACUAUAACUUCAGUUGACCAGUCAAUGUUCGAAAAAGCACAAGGAGAGAAAGUUACGUUGCCAUGUACUUUUGAACUCUCCGAAGAGGAUGAAGGCCCACUAGAUAUUGAGUGGGUAUUGAUACCAGCAGAUAAUCAAAAGAAGGAACAAAUAAUAAUUAUGUAUGCUGUAGACAGGGUUUAUAAUCAUUAUUAUGCUGGUUUGACUGGGCGAAUGCAGUUUACAAAUCUUGAUCCCAGAUCUGGUGAUGGUUCAUUGGAUAUCCUGAAUUUAAAGGCAUCAGACACUGGCACGUAUCAGUGCAAAGUGAAGAAGGCUCCUGGAGUUCAAAGCAAAAAAAUACAGUUGACUGUACUUGUAAAGCCAGCACGGACUAAAUGUUCCAUUGAAGGAUCACAGGAGAUUGGAAAAGAUGUUACCUUGAAAUGUGUGUCACAAGAAGGAUCCCCACUUUUGUCUUAUGACUGGAGGAGAGUAUCUGGCACACAGAAUCUUCCUGCCACGUCCAUGCUGAAUAAAAAUACAGGGGAGCUUCUUCUGAAAAAUGCCUCUCGAGAGUAUUCUGGUACAUACAACUGUGUGGCCACGAACAGAGUCGGCACGGAUGAAUGUUCUGUUGAGCUGAAUGUCACCCCUCCCGUAAAUACAGCUGGUAUAAUUACUGGAGCUAUUAUAGGAACUCUGCUGGCUCUCUCUGUACUGUGUUCUAUCAUCUUCUGUUUUUGUAAGAAGCACAGAGAGAAGAAAUAUGAGAAAGAAGUACAUCAUGAUAUCAGAGAAGAUGUUCCACCUCCAAAGAGUCGCAGUUCUACAGCUCGCAGCUACAUUGGCAGCAAUCGUUCUUCCCUGGGCUCAAUGUCUCCCUCCAACAUGGAAGGAUAUACCAAAACUCCAUAUAGCCAAGUCCCAAGUGAAGACUUUGAACGUGCUCCUGCUCAAAGCCCAGCAUUUGCACCUUCAAAGGUAGCUGCACCUAAUUUAAGUAGAAUGGGAGCUGUUCCUGUGAUGAUUCCAGCACAAAGCAAAGAUGGGUCGAUAGUAUAAAAUAUUAUUAAUUUAAAAGUUGUUUUUUAAAGUGUUCAUUGUAAGUAUUAGAGAAAAAUACUGUGUUCCAUCCCUCAUUUAAACACUGGCAUGAAAUUUUCCUUGAAGAAAAUGUACAAGUUAGUUUGAAAAGCCACCAAUUCUCAUGUUUAAUUUUAAACUUAUUCACAUAUGAAAGUUGAACUAUUUGCUAAAAGCAUUGAAGUUCAUAAAUAAGUAUCGGAUACUGAAGGUAUUUGGGCCUCUGGUAGGUUGCUGAGGAGGUUCUGACACUGUCAGCUAAUGUACAGUUCUGAAUGUGCAACAGUGAGACACAGGUGAGAAGUAACAAAAGCAUUUCAUGUGUAGACCAUGAAGUUUCUCAGAGUUUCUGAGACUUUAUUCUCAGUUGUAGAAUAACAGAAAUAUUUUAACUUGGCCACUGUCUGGUAUAGUUGCAGGGGGCUGAAAUACCAAGGAUGACUUUGAAUUCUAUUCAAAUUGAGUGUUUAUGUGGCUCUUUAACCUGGUGAUGUUUGUUUGGAGUACUUGAGCUCUUCUUUCAGGGGCAGUCAUUUGUUUGGUUCAAUUAAUUUAAUUAAUCUGUUCCGAAUUUAAAAGGGCAAUGAGUUUUCACUCAUUGGACAUUCCACUCAUUGUGACAGGAAACCUUGCAAGUUCUUUGAAACACAAUUUUUUUUUACAAUAACUAGUUCUGGUCCUGUCAGGUAACUUAAUACUUAUGUUAUCUGAUGCAAGAAGUACUAUCAGAUUGUUGGUAGAGGUAUCUAAGCUCUAAAACCUACAGACUGACUGUUACUGUCACAGUAAGAAUGACUUAAUGUAUCUUUACACAGGUCUUUAAGUUAAUUGUACCUUGCAUGGUACAAUUGUCUGGUUAGAUACUAAGGCAGUGCUCUUAGUUUUUUUCCAAAGUAAUUUCCUAGAAGCUCUAUGGGGAUUUGAUGAAACCUGUUAAGUAACUGGCAUUUGAUGUCUGUCCUCUUGCUCUAACCACUGUGGAAACAACUUUUCUCAUAUGCCCCUAAGCAGUAGUCAGUCCUUGUUCAAGAUGCUAAUGUCUCACUGUAUGAAUUUGCAAGGAGUUCAAAGUUCAUUUUUUUUGCCUCUUUAACAACUCUGAAUAUUCUGAACUAAUGUUCAGACUGUGGAGAGCAAGCAUUUCAUGUAACUGAGAGAAAACAAUUACCCAGAAUUGUUGCUACAAAUCUCAUGUUGCAAGAUUAAAAACGCUUCUUCCCAAUUUUGCAAAUUUAAAGCAAUACAGGAGAAACACAAUAACUCCUUUUUGUACUUCCACAUGUAUUUAAGGAUUUCUUAAUCCUUACCUUCUUACCAGAAGGUAGCUUCUGGUAACUGUUGUUAUAUACCUGCAAAAGCUCCAUUUAAAACUCAGUACUCAGUUUGAAUCUGUGAAUUCUUUGUCCUUCCUGUUUUCUACCUUCUUUGUCUUGUGCUGGGGGAGCAGGUGGAGGAGAGUUCUUUUAGUUUAUUCUAGCUAGAGAUGUUGAACUGCAAGGUAUUUUGGAAAUCUGUAAAUUCAUUAUAGUAUGUGCACUGAUGUUGAUGAAAGAAAUAUCUGAAUAGCCUUUUGAAAGAUGUUAGGAUUAUUUGUGUGUAGCAACAGUGAGAGAAAACAGCAUUACCCCAGAAGUCUAGGUUUAGUAUCUGCUUAUCUGUAGCUGCCUAUACAUCUGUGAUUAAUUCUUUGAAAUACUACUAAACGUUUGUCCUAUCUGUAAAUAGGUGCACAAUUUUGGGCUGGCACUAUUAAUGUAAAGAAAUUCCCCUGCCCAUGGCAGUGGUUGGUACAAGGUCAUCUUUAAGCUCCUUGCAACCCAAACAAUUUCAUUAUUUUAACAUACCCUUCAUACUGAAUUUAGAAACUUGAGUGGCUGUUAAGUAAUAUAGAGUUAGUUUUACACAUUUGGGACUUUUUUAGAUUGUAAACUGAUACUGUUAGAGAUCAGAUUUUUUAUCUUUCAUGUGUGCCUUGUCAAUAAACUUUGCCUGAUUGUAACUUCAGUUUUUAUUAAAUUUCUGGUGCCUAAACAUACUGUA